CACAGGACAAGUCGAGAAUCACAUCACUCACCCUUCCCAGCCUGCCAGUGCAAAGUAUUUCAAUUAUUUAGUGAAACUUUGCCCACGUAAUUGGGCGUGGUUUCCUGCCUCUGGCACUGAACUAUCUAAUUAAACCAAACCGAUGAGCCACGCCCCCUCCAUUGUCCCUAUAAAUGGGCGAUUAACACAAUUAGGCCGCGAUUAGGCGACAUGUACUCACCGGAAGAGGCGGCCGAACUGAAGAGGCGCAACUAUCGCAGCAUCAGGGAGAUGAUCCGACUCUCCUAUACGGUGGGCUUCAACCUGUUGGAUCCUUCCCGAUGCGGACAGGUGCUCAGAAUCUGGACAAUUGUCCUUAGCGUGAGUAGCUUGGCAUCGCUUUAUGGGCACUGGCAAAUGUUAGCCAGGUACAUUCAUGAUAUUCCACGCAUUGGAGAGACCGCUGGAACUGCCCUGCAGUUCCUAACAUCGAUAGCAAAGAUGUGGUACUUUCUGUUUGCCCAUAGACAGAUAUACGAAUUGCUACGAAAGGCGCGCUGCCAUGAAUUACUCCAAAAGUGUGAGCUCUUUGAAAGGAUGUCAGAUCUACCUGUUAUCAAAGAGAUUCGCCAGCAGGUUGAGUCCACGAUGAAUCGGUACUGGGCCAGCACUCGUCGGCAAAUUCUUAUCUAUUUGUACAGCUGUAUUUGUAUUACUACAAACUACUUUAUCAACUCCUUCGUAAUCAACCUCUAUCGCUAUUUCACUAAACCGAAAGGAUCCUACGACAUAAUGUUACGUAAAUAAAUCAAUAAUUCCACUAACAAAUACUUUUUAUAAAUGUAAAAUAAUAAUUUAUUUGCCAUACUAAGCUCUGCCAUCUCUGUAUCCCGCCUGGGAGCACAAGGGAUUAGAGUUUCCCUACUAUCAUAUACAGAUGUACCUGGAAACCUGUUCUCUGUAUAUCUGCGGCAUGUGUGCCGUUAGCUUUGAUGGAGUCUUUAUUGUCCUGUGCCUUCAUAGCGUGGGACUUAUGAGGUCACUUAACCAAAUGGUGGAACAAGCCACAUCUGAGUUGGUUCCUCCAGAUCGCAGGGUUGAAUACUUGCGAUGCUGUAUUUAUCAGUACCAACGAGUGGCGAACUUUGCAACCGAGGUUAACAACUGCUUUCGGCACAUCACUUUCACGCAGUUCCUGCUUAGCCUUUUCAACUGGGGCCUGGCCUUGUUCCAAAUGAGCGUCGGAUUGGGCAACAACAGCAGCAUCACCAUGAUCCGGAUGACCAUGUACCUGGUGGCAGCCGGCUAUCAGAUAGUUGUGUACUGCUACAAUGGCCAGCGAUUUGCGACUGCUAGCGAGGAGAUUGCCAACGCCUUUUACCAGGUGCGAUGGUACGGAGAGUCCAGGGAGUUCCGCCACCUCAUCCGCAUGAUGCUGAUGCGCACGAACCGGGGAUUCAGGCUGGACGUGUCCUGGUUCAUGCAAAUGUCCUUGCCCACACUGAUGGCGAUGGUCCGGACAAGUGGACAGUACUUCCUGCUGCUGCAGAACGUCAACCAGAAAUAGGGCACAAAGUUGAAUAAAAUCGUCGUGUGUGCAGUGACGAAAAUGCGUAUUGUUUUGAGAUGGAUUAAUUUUCAGGGCAACAGUUAAAUAAAAUGUAUGGCAAUGAACUGGGUGUAAAAAUAAUUGUAUAAUAAAUUUUUAAAAUAUGAAGUAUUUACUCCUGUUAUAAGGC